GUUCUCCCCCACCUUUAGCAUCCCCUGGCAGGGGGAAGGGCCUGGCCAUUAGUUGCCAGGGGACAGAGUGUCAGCCAUUUAUGUACACUGGCCCAUUACUCUGCAACAACCUCACCCCUAGUGUAAUGGACUCACAGAUCGUGCCCACUUGUGGCCCCAUGCCAUCCAUGGGGGGGUGCCCCUUCCAAUGCGACAGCCCUUCUCGGGGGUCCCCUCUCUCUCGGGGUCAGGCCCCUCCACCUCCUGGAGUUGCACCUCUCUGAGCCUUAGCACGUCUGUCUCUGCCGUGGGCCCCCCCCAGGGAGUCCCCUUGCUCUGGAACCCCCGGGCCUCCUCACCCCCAAAGGGGAUAAUACCCACCCCACUUCGCUAGCCCCCAGCGACUCUCCCCCAGCGUAACACAGGAGGGUUUAUAGAGGGUUGAACCCAGCACAGGAAACUCUCCAGCCUCAGGCCUGGCCUCCCUCAGCCCAGCACAUCCCAGUCCCCCUGCAGCCAGGGGGGCUCUGCCUGCUCCCCCUCUCCAGCCCCGAGCCCCCCUGCUUCCCAGCUGGGCCUCCAAUAUCCCCGGCCCCAAGCCCCCUCUGUCCAUUGGCUUCUCUCCAGGGAAACAGGGUCGUAAACAGGCAGGCCUGGGUCUCCUCCCCUCUCAGCCCCCCUCUGGCCUCUCUGGCCGGAGCCGGCUGGUCAGGUCACCGGGGUCCUGUCCCCGCAGCCCAUUGUCCCCCACUGGCCAGAACCGGCUGCGACGCCUGAGCUGGGUCUCCGGGUCACCAGUCCCUGGGGUCUCCAUCCUCCCGGCCAUCAGCUGGGGUCUGAAGGUCCCUCUCCCCUCCCCUCGUUAAACCAGUAACAUCCAGGGACACUGAGUCCCACCCCCCUGCAUGCAAAUCCCUGGAAAACCACAAAAAGAUAGGAAAAUCCUCCACUUCGUCACAGCUAGAGACUUAAGAAAUGCACAGGGGAAACUGAGACACCCACACAGUAUUCAGAGGAAACAUUAAGAACAGCCCCACUUCGUCACCUCAGCGCCCCACAGGGCAAUGUGGGGUAGGGAGACAGUGCUGGUACCCCCAGGGCACUGUGCCAGGAGGAUUUUCAGGGGUACUGUGCCGGUCGGCGCAGCCAAAACCUGGGCUCCUGGCCCUACCCCACAACCCGUGGGGGUCCGGGCAUGGCCCACUGGGAGGGCAGCACCCAGACCAUAGAGCGUACAUGGGAGUGCGGGGAGGUUUGCAGGAAUCAGGGCCCCGUUGGACCAGGCACAGCACACAACAAAACACAGCCCCACAGCCAGAGGGGCUGCCCUGCCCCGUAGCUACUGGGGGGGCUGCAGUGAUGGGGAAGGCUGCAGGUGGUCCGAGGCCAUGGGGAGGAGUAGGGGAGUGUGGUGUGGCAGGGAGCAGGUAGGAUAGGGUGAGGGAAGGCAAUGGAGCCCCGCUGGGUGCUGGUCAGGGGAGGGAGGGGGGGCUCUACCUCCCCCCCCCCAAGCUGGGGGCCCUGUCGGAAGUGGCAGGCUGCUGUGGGGCAGGGGGAGGUGACGCUCUGACAGGAAGCCCCAGUACAGGCGAUGUACUCUCACACCCGCCGGCUGCAGACUCACAGCCGGACCCCAGAGCACAGAGCUGCCUAUGGCCUGGGCUGAGGGCACGGCGAGUGGUUGGGUGGGGGGCUGGGUGCUCGUCCCCCUGGGGGGCUGCCUGCUGCUCUGUGGGCUCUGCCGGAGAAAGCUUCCUGUUUUCCCCCCAUGGGGCCCACAACCCAGCUGCCCCUGCCUCCCAGAUGCUGCCCCUCUGCCCAUUGUGUAUUGCAGGGACUCGCCUCUGGAGCUGGGGCCACGCUACAUCUCAGAUCCUACCUCUGGCACCAGUGUCACCACAAGCCCACAGCCUCCUGUGGGCCCCAGGAGCACGGACAAUGAGGACGAGGAUGAUUUCCAGUACCCUCCUGCCCCGUGGACAGAGUCGCGGCAGACCCCGGUCUUUGAGUCCCUGAAGCAGGCCCGGGAAUCUGGCACUGACGUGGACAGCCAUGGGAGCUACGUGAACAUCAACUCCGAGGAGGACUAUGUGAAUCUGCAGGGUGCCAAUGGGAGAUGCUCCGUGGAGAAGGACAAGGAGUAUCUGGAGGUGCUUCCAUUGGAGGCCGAGAGAACCUGGCCCCACAGGCAGAAGGGCUCCAGUCACGACAAGGGUGAGAAUGUCUCCUAUGCGAACGUGGACGACAAGGAGCUGAAACCCCCCUCACUGGACGAGCAAAAAGCCGACUAUGACUAUGUCAACAUGUCAUAGCCGUGUGGUGCCAGGGACCAGCCGCCUCUGUCUCUGACCCCCGGCGGGUCCCUCAUUGGGGCCCUGGAUACGGGUGGGGGCUCUUGGAGAUCCCCAGAUAGAAGACGUGGCCUUUGCUGCCCUGCUAGCCUGGCACUGGGCUCCCCAGCAGGGCCGAGUACACUGCCCCACAGCACAGGGCUGGGUUCCCCAGUGGGGCCAAAUACACUGCCCGACAGCACGGGGCUGGGCUCCCCAGAGGGGCCGAAUAUGCUGCCCUACAGCAUGGGGCAUGGGCUCCGCAGAGGGGCCGAGCAGGCUGCCCCACAGCAUGGGGCUGGGCUCCCCAGUGAGGGUGAGUACCCUGCCCCACAGCAUGGGGCUGGGCUCCCCAGUGGGGCCGAAUACACUGCCCCACAGCACGGGGCUGGGGUCUCUAAUCUGAGCACCAGGUCUGGCUUGGCCAGUGCAGCCCGGUCCAGAAGGGGAGCUGCAGAGGGGAUCUGCCCAGCCCUUUGCGGGAGGGGAUGGUGCUAUGGGGUGGGGGCAGGCACAGAUCUGUCAUCUUCCCCACACCUCCCCCGGGCCUAACUCACCCGCAGCCUCCCCCAUUGUUUAGGGGCUUCCUUCUUGGUGAACCCGGGGACGUCACAGUCCCACAUCCACCCCUGUGCCAGGGCCCCGUCUGUCCACACCUGGGAUCAUGGUGUGUGCAUAAAACCGUCCCAAUAAAUCGGGGGAUUUGCCCCUAAACCUC